UUCCAGAGUAUCAUACUAGCUGGUGUGCUAGUUCGGCAUGAGACAGAGGAAACAUUUGAGUGGGUCUUCUCAGAGUUUGUUAGGAUAAUGGGGGGGAGGGCGCCACAAACAAUACUUACCGAUCAAAACAGGGCGAUGGAGGUUGCCAUAAGUAAUGUCAUGCCAAACACGGCUCACCGGUGGUGCAAGUGGCAUGUGCUAAAGAAGGCAAAAGAUUCGCUUGGCCCAUUGUACACAAAGAAGAGUGAUUUUCAACCAGAGUUUCACAAGGUUGUCAACCACAUGCUAACCAUAGAUGAGUUUGAGGAUGGCUGGAAGUACUUAAUAGAGAAAUACAACUUGAAAAGUCAUGACUACAUGACUAAUUUGUUUGAAAUACGGCACAAAUGGGCAAAGCCCUACUUCAAGGGGGUGUUCUAUGCAAAAAUGACUAGUACACAACGGAGUGAAAGCGCAAAUCACAUGCUAAAGAACUACGUGCUGCCUGGUUGCCCUAUGCAUGUUUUUGUGAGGAAGUAUAUGAGUUUAAUUUUUGACCGUGAGUCAGAAGAAAAUUAUGAGGAAAAGCGGACAGCAAUUGGGAGGCCACUUAUGCGAGCAAAUAUGGCAUCUGAGAGACACGCUGGGAAGAUUUACACAAGAGCUAUGUUCGAGCAGUUUGGCCAUAUACUGUAUGAGUGUGGUGCAUAUCAGGUAGAAGAAAAAGAAAAAGGGAAAGAGUACAUCGCAAUACAUACAGAUGCUGCACGGUGGGAGAAGUGGUGCAGAACCUCAUACAAGGUGACGGUGAUUGAAGGUGGAGAUGAAUUUGAUUGCGAGUGCGGACAGUUUGCCCACAUGGGUCUGUUGUGCAGCCAUAUACUGAAGGUAAUGGACAUCAUUCGUGUGACAGAAAUCCCAAAGAAGCACAUUGUGAAAAGGUGGACACGAGAUGCGAGAGAUGUGCUUCCAGCCCACCUGAUGCAGUACCAGAGAGACAACGCUCAGGAAAACCCAUUUAGUUUCAGGCAUUUCAAUCUGUACAAGCAAGCCAUGGAGCUUGUACGCAUGGGAGACUCAAGUGUGGCAGCUUACGACCGCUUGACAUCACUAUUCAAUCACUGUGCAGCCGAGAUGAAGCCAUACACGGAUGUCAGAGAUGCCUAG